CCCAACAAAAAGCCGAAAGCCAAGAUGCCGUACAGGUGCGACCAAUGCAUGAAGCGCUUCAGUGGGACAAGCCACCUGAAGCGCCACGUGAUGACUCACUCCGGGGAAAAGCCCUACAAGUGUGACCAAUGCAAGAAGCGCUUCAGUCGGAAAGGCAACCUGAAGCGCCACAUGAGGACUCACUCCGGGGAAAAGCCCUACAAGUGUGACCAAUGCAAGAAGCGCUUCAGUCAGAAAAGCUACCUGAUGCUCCACAUGAGGACUCACUCUGGGGAGAAGCCCUACAAGUGUGACCAAUGCACGAAGCGCUUCAGUCAGAAAGGCAUCCUGAAGAUCCACAUGAGAACUCACUCUGGGGAGAAGCCCUACAAGUGUGACCAAUGCACGAAGCACUACAGUCGGAAAAGCUACCUGAUGCUCCACAUGAGGUCUCACUCAGGGGAGAAGCCCUUCAAGUGUGACCAAUACGAGAAGGCCUCCAGAUGUGAACAAUGCACAAAGCGCUUCGGAGAGAGCUCCAAGCUCAAGAUCCACGUGAGGACUUACACCGGCGAGAAGCCGUACGGGUGCGACCAAUGCAUGAAGCGCUCAAAGCGCUUCAGUCGGAAAGGCAACCUGAAUAAACACAUGAGGAGUCACUCCGGGGAGAAGCCCUACAAGUGUGAUCAAUGCACGAAGCGCUUCAGUCAGACAAGCCACCUGAAGUACCACAUGAGGACUCACUCCGGGGAGAAGCCCUACGAGUGUGACCAAUGCACGAAGUGCUUCAGUGAGAAAGGCACCCUGAAUAAACACAUGAGGAGUCACUCCGGGGAGAAGCCCUACAAGUGUGAUCAAUGCACGAAGCGCUUCAGUCAGACAAGCAACCUGAAGGACCACAUGAGGACUCACUCCGGGGAGAAGCCCUACGAGUGUGACCAAUGCACGAAGUGCUUCAGUGAGAAAGGCACCCUGAAUAAACACAUGACGACUCACUCCGGGGAGAAGCCCUACAAGUGUGACCAAUGCACGAAGUGCUUCAGUCUGAAAUGCAACCUGAAGAUCCACAUGAGGACUCACUCUGGGGAGAAGCCCUACAAGUGUGACCAAUGCACGAUGCGCUUCAGUCAGAAUAACAUCCUCAAGAACCACAUGACGACUCACUCCGGGGAGAAGCCCUACAAGUGUGACCAAUGCACGAAGCGCUUCAGUCGGAAAGGCAACCUGAAUAAACACAUGAGGAGUCACUCCGGGGAGAAGCCCUACAGGUGUGACCAAUGCACGAAGUGCUUCAGUCAGACAAGCCACCUGAAGACCCACAUGAGGACUCACUCUGGGGAGAAGCCCUACGUGUGUCUGCAGUGCAACGCCAGCUACAGCGACCCGUGCACUUUGCGUGUGCAAAUGCUCAAGCACACUUUGGCACGGGGUAACGGGACGCUUUGAUUGAGACCUCUGUCUGUCGCUGAAAGCUGCUCCCGACCAGGUUUGGUUGCGAGCGCAAGUCACCAUGGUGAUACAGCGACGCUUAAAGAGAUCGACUUUCAUGGUACAGCUAACCCAGGCUUUCAGCUCAACAUACCUCGCUAACCCUCUAAUCGGGUUGAAAUUACUGCUUUUAGUUUUUCUUUUCAUCACGAUUAAACGCUUCGUACCUUCGA